AGCACUAUCAGUUGCUUGCUGUUUGAAAUGCUGUAUGCAUCGUGGAGAUAAUUUCUUUUUUUUUCUCUCUCUCCCCAUAAUAGUGAUAAACCAAUUUUUUUUUUUCCAAAAGUUAUAUCAGUUUUAAUUAAAUUUUCUAAAGUUCAGUUUUGUUUAGUGUCAAAUUCAAAAGUGAUAUCAUGGAAACAAUAUUAAAGGAUCUUAUCAGAAAGGAGAGCAUACUGAUCCGAAAUGAAUUUAGACGCGUCCACGUAUCCGCUUGCCAAAACUAGGAAAGGCGAUAAACUGAAACAUCUAGAUUGUCUUCUUCUCUGAAAAUAUCUUCCAAAGGAAAAACAGAAGGAACACCAAAGUUUUGUUCGUUUCUCCUGUUUAUAAAAACGUCGACUUUGUCUUCUAUCAAAAAAAAGAAAAAAAAAAUUCUACUCGCUUCCCUCUACUAUUUUGACUAAUUUUACUAAAGCUUCCAAAGAAAAAAAAGAACGCAUCAAAAUAAAAGAAAAAUGGCUACAAUGGCUUGUGGAGAGUACACAUCUGUUAAAGACUUUUAUCGAGAUCGAUCAAUUUUCAUUACUGGAGGCACUGGUUUCAUGGGCAAGGUCCUCGUCGAAAAACUCCUGAGGUCCUGUCCUGGAAUCAAAAAUAUUUAUCUUCUCAUGCGACCCAAAAAGGGACAAAACGUUCAGCAAAGGUUAAAGGAACUUCUCAAUGCACCUUUAUUCGCGAAAAUUCGUCGGGACUCGCCUCACGAUUUGAUGAAAAUUGUACCAGUGGCAGGCGAUGUUACGGAACCGGAACUCGGAAUCUCGGAAGAGGAUCAAAAUCUACUUAUUCAUUGUGUGUCAGUCGUAUUUCAUUCCGCCGCGACUGUUAAAUUCGACGAGGCCUUAAAAUUGUCCGUCACCAUUAACAUGCUUGGCACGAAACAACUUGUCGAGCUUUGCCAUCGUAUGCACAAUUUAGAGGCUCUAAUUCAUGUAUCGACGGCUUAUUGCAAUUGCGAUAGAACUGACGUUAAUGAAGAAAUUUAUCCAGUCCCUUUGGAUCCGGAACAAGUGAUCUCUUUUACCAAGUGGAUGGACGAUCAGCUCGUAGAGGAACUGACACCAAAGCUCAUUGCUGGAAGGCCAAAUACCUAUACUUUUACAAAAGCCCUUGCGGAGAGAAUGCUUCUUUGUGAAAGUGGUACAUUGCCAGUUGCAAUCGUUCGACCAUCGAUUGUUCUCUCAUCAUUCAAAGAGCCAGUCGCUGGCUGGGUUGACAAUUGGAAUGGACCAACUGGAAUUAUAGCUGCAAUUGGAAAAGGUUUCUUCAGAACAAUGAUGUGUCAUGAGGAAAAAGUUGCCGAUUUGGUGCCAGUUGACAUUGUCAUUAAUUUAAUGAUUUGCGCGGCAUGGAGAACUGCAACACAUCCAAGUGACAGUAUCAUGAUUUAUAAUUGUUGUACCGGUCAACAAAAUCCAAUAACAUGGAAGAAAUUUGUUGAUUUGGCAUUCAAAUAUACACGAAUGCAUCCAGUGAAUGAUGCAAUUUGGUAUCCAGGCGGUCGUGCUCGAAGUUCUUCGAUUUUGAACAAAAUAUUUGUCGCUUUUCAACAUACGUUGCCUGCUCACAUCUUGGAUUUUAUUGCCAAAUUGAAAGGAACAAAACCAUUUAUGGUUCGUAUUCAAGCGAAACUCGAUAAAGCGGCCUCGUGUUUAGAGUAUUUUAGCACACAACAAUGGAAUUUUAAAGAUGACAAUGUCCGAAGACUGGAUGCACAGCUCAGUCCACAGGAUAGAGAGACAUUUAUGUUUGAUGUUAAGCAAAUUGACUGGCCGUCUUAUUUGGAACAUUAUAUUCUUGGAAUUCGGCAGUUUAUUCUCAAAGAGAGUCCGGAGACACUGCCAGCCGCCCGCUCACAUAUUACAAGAUUGUACUGGUUGAACAGAACAGUGCAAUUUGGAGCGCUCGUAAUUCUUUUACGUCUGUUGCUGUCGCGCAGUACUUUGGCCCAAUCAGUGUGGUUCUCCCUCCUAUCUCUGGUUCUUCGGUUAUGCCGGAUGAUUGUUUGACGGCUCAGAACCCUGAAUGAUGAUGGUUGCAACAAACGUCACAAGAGUCCGGAGCUGGCCAAAAAGCAAAGCAAUCUUAAGGUACAAAUUGUCCUUAAGUUUCACUGCUCAUCAGUCUCCUCAACAACAAGAAAACGCUAUCUUUAUCCCCAUAAAUUGGCCUUCCCGAUGUUCGUGUUCGUUCGUACAUAUUAGCGAAGACUAGAGACGUAUGUUUAUUCGAAGAAUGUCGGGUACCGAACAAAAGUCGUCAUCGUCAGUUUAAAAAAAAAAUAAAUAAUUUGGAUGCGAAAACAAUAGAUGAGAGAAAGAAAAAAAGAAAACGAGAGAGAGAAAAAAAAGAAAAACUUACUUAGCAUCCGUCAUGGAAUUGUAGGGAAAGGUUUUUGCUACUUUUUCUUAUUGAGCCAAGUACACGCGAAUUCCUUGAAAAAAAUAACAUAAUAACGCUUUCAUCCUAGUCCAAUCCUUCUACAUUUUUUCACUUUAUUUAUUUUUCCUCAUCGACAAAAGGAAUAAGAAAUGUCUCAAAAUAGGAAAAACAAAAAAAAAAUAGAGGCGCAUUACUGGAUGAAUAAUUGAAUCGCUAUAAUCAUUCAUGAGAUUGAUCAUAUCGAUUAUUCGCACGACAUUCUUUUUUCCACUCUUUAUUCUAUAACGAAACGUCCGACGACGAUUGCAGAGAUGAACCUUUUGUAAAAAAAAAAUCUCGUGACGUUUCGGGAAUCCGUUUCAGUAAAUUUUCUUUUACAAUUUUGGUGUCAGGCAUUCUUUACCCCUUACUCUGCGAAGUAAGAUACCUAGGAAGAUAUUUUGCUAUCUGUUUAGCAAAAAAAAAGAAAACACUUUUUGAUUUAGUCAUUCUCACGUUUAAAUGAAAAUUGUCCAUGAAAUAUCUCCUCGUAUCUUACAGACAAUUUUUUUUUAUAUUAUUAUUAUUGUCAAAGCUUUACCAAUUUUCGAGUCUCAAAGGCAUCACUGAUUUUUUUUUCUAGUUUAUGAAACCUAUCGCGCAAAGAAAUUAUCUCUUUGCGAUUUCUUAUUAAACGUUUACGUGAUUAAGGUAUAGAAUGUGUGUAAAUAAGAAAAAAAAAAAAAAAAAAAAAAAAAAAAAGACUAACCAAUAUUAUUGUGUACUCGUGAAUAUUCUGUUAGCUAAAUAUCGGUGACUACAUUUAAUCGGUUUAUAUCGAAGUAUAUUCCUUAUUAAUUAAAAAAAAAAGAAACGAAUGAAAAUUACCAUGAGUAUUUUACUCACUCAACGCGCUUCCCCAGUGAGUCUAUGCGUAACAGUAGAAGACAUUUAUAUAUUUUUUUUAGUAAAAUUUAAUUAAUAUAUAAAUUUUAGAAAUAGAGAUUGUUAUUUUAUUUAUUAAUAUUAUCCGAGUUUCAGCUUUAAGAAUUGUACGUUGAUUAAUGCUAAUUUGUAGUGAAGGUUGAUCCACUUAUGAUUUUUUUUUUAUCUAAAUAGACUAAUUGGAAUUUAACUAAAUAAUUAAAUCUCAAAAGUGGAUUCACUUUUUUAGACUGAUUGUAAUGGAGGUUGAUUUCCUCCAUGAUUGUGUUUUUUUUUUAAUUUUAAUUCUUUUUUUAAUUUAAUUUAUUUUAAGGCAAGAUAAAUUAUAAUUAUUUUAUUUUUGUGUGAUAUACCUUGUUUUUUUAAUUUGUAUUUUACUGUUUUUUUUUUUUUAACAAAUUAAUAGUUUAAGUAAUUUUUUUUAAAAUAACAAAAGACGAGAUAAUAACGUUUCUCGAGAAACAUUUCUCCAUUAUUAGUCAGUGUUUGUAGAAUUAUUCUUGAAAAAAAAAAGAGAAAAAAAAACAAAUUCGUGCCACGUAUAUCAUGAUGCCUUUGAGACAAUAAAGCUGCAGGUGUAUGUCUUAAUUAAUUAUUUAAUUUGUACCAAAAGAUAUUUGCCUUAAGCUGUUAUUUAAGUCGGAGCGGGCUUCCCCUUAAUAAAAUGUUUUAUGAUCUGCGUGGUUUGUGGUUGCGAGAAGGAUUUUUAAAUGGAGUAAUUUGUGAAAUGAAAAUUAAAAUCAACGAUUUUGCUUUUGUCGAAAAAAAAAAAAUUUACAAAUUACUUAGCAUAAGGAACUGAAACAAAAAAAAAUGGAGAAGAGGAAUAAGAAAUGAAUAGCGCUGCAAAGGUCAUCAGCUAGUCUCGUCCGUAAUUUUAUUCGGUCACAUGAUGCUUAUGACAGAAUAUUUAUUAACAUAAUUGAUUUAAUUAAUAUUAUACUGUACUAUUAUAAAAAUAAAUUAAAACACAAUGAAACAUUGGAAA